AUGCGCCUGGCUAUUCUAGCGCCUCCUUGGCUUCUCUUCAGCUGCUGUCUAGCCAAGCAGUCCGCUCAGAUCUUAGGCAGUCCAUUCUCCCUGGGAUCCUCCGGAUCAGCCAUUCAGCAUAAUCUGGACAGCAUCAUACCUGCCACCGAUCCCAACUCAGGCCGCGUCAAGUGCUGUCCUAUCGGUACUGAUUUCGACGGCAAGAGCUGUAUCAUCACCGGGCCCUCAUGUCCUCCGGGAACGUACCGCAAGGGCAAGCACUGCCUUCACAACGCUCCUCCGGAAUGCGGCAACGGCUACGAGUACAGCGACGGCCAGUGCACCUCUCGGAAGCCGCCUGCCUGUGAUCACGGCACUGUUUUUGUUGGCAAGCACUGUGUUCAUGAGCGUGCCCCCACCUGUGGCGAGGGGUUUCAGCUUCGUGGUGCCAUCUGCGAGUCCCUCAAGAAGUCUCAGUGUCUUGAGGGCGAUGUCGUUCAUGGAGCCAGCUGCGUGACGCCCGAAGGCCCGUCUUGUCCUAACGGAUCCAAAGUCGAAGGCGCUUCGUGUAUCUCCAAGAAGGACCCUCAAUGUCCACCGGGAGCCCGCUACGUGUCCUCGAGCCGGCAAUGUAUGUCAGAGAAGUCCCCUCAAUGCCCUGAUGGGGCAACUCUUGAGUUCGGCCAAUGCACCUCUUCCGAGGGGCCAAAGUGCCAAGGCGACUCGACCUUUGAUCCUGAACGUGGAUCCUGA